AUGUCGGGCAGCCGCCCGCCGCCGCCGCACCCCACCGCGCUGCCUGCUGCCACUCCGGCCUCCUCCUCCUCCUCUUCUUCUUCCUCUUCCUCCUCCUCUUCUUCGGCGGCCAUGGCGCCGGGCUCGUCCUCGUCUGGCAGCGCGGCGGCGCGGCCUGUGCUGGUGGCGGCCGCUGUGUCGGGCUCGGGAGCGGGGCUGGCCCGGUUGGCGGCGGCGGCGCGGCCCGGUAGCGGCGGCGGCGGCUCCUCCGCGGGGGGCGGCGGUAGCGGAGCGGGCGGCGGCAGCAGCAGCAGCAGCAGCAGCAGGAAGAGGCCGCUGCUCACCCCGCUCUGCAACGGACUCAUCAACUCCUACGAGGAUAAGAGCAACGACUUCGUUUGCCCUAUCUGUUUUGAUAUGAUUGAAGAAGCCUACAUGACGAAAUGUGGACACAGCUUCUGCUCUAAAUGUAUUCACCAGAGCUUGGAGGACAACAACAGGUGUCCCAAAUGCAACUAUGUUGUGGACAACAUAGAUCAUCUUUAUCCCAACUUCUUAGUUAAUGAACUUAUUCUUAAACAGAAGCAAAGAUCUGAGGAGAAAAGACUCAAAUUGGACCAUUCAGUGAGUAGCACCAAUGGCCACAGGUGGCAGAUAAUUCAAGAUUUGUUGGGGACUGACCAAGACAAUCUUGACUUGGCCAAUGUCAAUCUGAUGCUGGAGCUGCUGGUGCAAAAGAAGAAGCAGCUGGAAGCAGAGUCCCAUGCUGCCCAACUGCAGAUCCUUAUGGAAUUUCUCAAAGUUGCCAGGAGAAACAAACGAGAGCAAUUGGAGCAGAUCCAGAAGGAGCUAAGUGUUCUGGAAGAAGAUAUUAAACGAGUAGAGGAGAUGAGUGGCUUGUACUCCCCAGUCAGCGAGGACAGUACGGUGCCACAGUUUGAGGCUCCCUCACCUUCACACAGUAGUAUUAUUGACUCCACGGAGUACAGCCAGCCUCCAGGCUUCAGUGGCAGCUCUCAGGCCAAAAAGCAGCCAUGGUAUAACAGCACACUAGCCUCGCGACGCAAGCGACUCACAGCUCACUUUGAGGACCUGGAGCAGUGCUACUUCUCCACCAGGAUGACACGUGUCUCAGAUGACAGCAGAACCACAAGCCAGCUGGAUGAGUUUCAGGAGUGUCUAUCCAAGUUCACGCGCUACAAUUCUGUCCGACCUCUGGCAACGCUUUCUUACGCUAGUGACCUCUACAAUGGCUCCAGCAUAGUAUCCAGUAUUGAGUUCGACCGAGACUGUGACUACUUUGCCAUCGCCGGGGUGACAAAGAAGAUUAAAGUCUAUGAGUAUGGUACAGUCAUUCAGGAUGCAGUGGAUAUUCACUACCCUGAGAAUGAAAUGACCUGUAAUUCCAAAAUCAGCUGUAUCAGCUGGAGUAGUUACCACAAGAACCUGCUAGCCAGCAGUGACUAUGAAGGCACCGUCAUCCUUUGGGAUGGAUUCACAGGACAAAGGUCCAAGGUCUACCAGGAGCAUGAGAAAAGAUGCUGGAGUGUUGACUUCAACUUGAUGGACCCAAAGCUAUUGGCUUCAGGCUCUGAUGAUGCCAAAGUGAAGCUGUGGUCUACCAACUUGGACAACUCAGUAGCAAGCAUCGAGGCCAAGGCUAAUGUGUGUUGUGUCAAAUUCAGCCCUUCUUCUCGGUAUCACCUAGCUUUUGGCUGUGCAGAUCACUGUGUUCACUACUACGAUCUCCGCAACACUAAGCAGCCCAUCAUGGUGUUCAAAGGGCAUCGCAAGGCAGUCUCCUACGCAAAAUUUGUGAGCGGGGAAGAAAUUGUCUCUGCGUCAACAGACAGCCAACUGAAGCUGUGGAACGUAGGGAAGCCUCACUGCUUGCGCUCCUUCAAGGGUCACAUCAACGAGAAGAAUUUUGUAGGGCUUGCAUCCAACGGAGACUACAUCGCCUGUGGAAGUGAAAACAAUUCCCUUUACCUAUACUAUAAGGGCCUCUCAAAGACACUGCUGACAUUCAAGUUCGAUACGGUCAAAAGUGUCCUGGACAAGGACCGGAAGGAAGAUGACACAAAUGAGUUUGUGAGUGCUGUAUGCUGGAGGGCACUACCAGAUGGGGAGUCCAAUGUGCUGAUUGCUGCUAACAGUCAGGGUACAAUUAAGGUACUGGAGCUGGUAUGA